AUGCCGGCAGUUCAAGGACAUACGGAUGGGCAACUUGACGAGGUCAAGAAUCUGCUGCAAAAGUACGUCGACUCGGGCGAGGAACUGGGUGCUUCCAUCACCGUCAACCUGAAUGGUGUGGACGUGGUGGACAUCUGGGGAGGAUACGCGGACCGAGACCACAAGCGCGCGUGGGAGAGGGAUACCAUCACCAACAUCUUCUCCACGACCAAGACGGUCGCGGCCUUCGCGGUGCUCCUGCUGGUCGACCGGGGUGUCCUCAGCGUAAAUGACAAAGUAUCUCGGUAUUGGCCCGAAUUCGCCGCCAACGGGAAGCAAGACAUUGAGAUCCGUCACAUCCUCUCGCACACGUCGGGCGUGGCGGGAUUCGACGCGCCCGUGACUGUCGAGGAUAUCUGCGACUCUCCCAAAGUUACAAAGUUGCUGGCCGCGCAGGCACCCUGGUGGGAGCCGGGUACGGGGUCGGGAUACCAUUCAUUCACGCAGGGGUACUUGAUCGCGGAGAUCGUCCGGCGCGUGACGGGCAAGUCGCUCAGGGAGUUCAUUGCAGAAGAGAUCGCCACGCCCCUCGACGCCGAUUUCCAGCUGGGAUGUUCCGACAAGGACGAGCCGCGCCGAUCCGACGUGAUUCCGCCUCCCCCGGCCGGUCCUCCUCCCCUGGAACCAGGCUCGAUUGGGUUCCGCGUCAUGACCAACCCGGCCAUGCGCGCCGAGUUCGCCAACAGCGAGCUGUUCCGGAAGGCAGAGAUUGGGGCGGGCAACGGACACAGCAACGCGCGGGGCGUCAACCGCAUCCUGUCCGUCAUCUCGAUGGAUGGCAAAGUCGGGGUCGGCGAAGGCGAACGGCGCUUCAUCUCCCCUCAGACCAUCGAUCUCAUCUUCCAGGAACAAUCCAACGGGUUAGAUCAUGUCUUGGCCUUUGGGGCCCCGAUCCGCUGGGGCAUUGGCUUCGCUCUCCCAGCGAAAAAUACAUGGAUUGACUGGCUGCCCGAGGGGAGGGUGUGUACUUGGGGCGGAUACGGCGGGUCUAUGGCGGUGGUGGACUUGGACCGCAAGCUGACCAUUUCGUACGUCAUGAACAAGAUGGACAACGUGGGCCUGGGCUCGGACAAGGCGAGGGCUUACAUUGGGGCGGUAUAUAAAGCCUUGGGAGUGUCUUGA